GUCCGGCCCCGCGCGGACCGCUGGCCCCGCCGCGCCUCGGGCCGGAGGAUGCCCAAGAAGCUGCUGCUGCUGCCCCCGCUGUCCGCCUGCUCGGCUUUCCGCGUCCCGCGGGCUCGCCCCGCCGCCCCGCCGGCCAUGAACGCCGCCCGCACCGGCUACCGAGUCUUCUCGGCCAACUCCACGGCCGCCUGCACCGAGCUAGCCAAGCGCAUCACCGAGCGUCUUGGUGCUGAAUUGGGGAAAUCUGUUGUAUACCAGGAGACCAAUGGAGAAACAAGAGUUGAAAUCAAAGAGUCUGUUCGUGGCCAAGAUAUUUUCAUUAUACAGACAAUACCCAGAGAUGUGAACACAGCUGUGAUGGAGUUACUGAUUAUGGCCUACGCACUGAAGACCGCCUGUGCCAGGAACAUCAUCGGUGUCAUCCCCUACUUCCCCUACAGCAAGCAAAGCAAGAUGAGGAAGAGGGGCUCCAUUGUGUGCAAGCUUCUGGCAUCCAUGCUGGCAAAAGCCGGUUUAACUCACAUUAUCACUAUGGAUCUCCACCAAAAGGAAAUACAAGGCUUUUUCAGCUUUCCUGUGGACAACCUUAGAGCCUCACCUUUCCUGCUUCAGUAUAUCCAGGAAGAAAUUCCAAAUUACAGAAAUGCAGUCAUUGUAGCUAAGUCUCCUGAUGCUGCAAAAAGGGCUCAGUCCUAUGCCGAGAGGCUGCGCCUGGGGCUGGCUGUGAUCCACGGAGAAGCUCAGUGCACAGAGCUGGACAUGGAUGACGGUCGACACUCACCCCCCAUGGUCAGGAACGCUACUGUGCACCCGGGCCUGGAGCUACCCUUGAUGAUGGCCAAAGAGAAGCCACCUAUAACAGUGGUCGGGGACGUCGGAGGACGCAUUGCAAUCAUAGUGGAUGACAUUAUUGAUGACGUGGAGAGUUUCGUAGCUGCUGCAGAGAUCCUGAAAGAGAGGGGUGCUUAUAAGAUCUAUGUCAUGGCCACACACGGCAUCCUGUCUGCUGAAGCCCCUCGUCUGAUUGAGGAGUCUUCCAUUGAUGAGGUGGUGGUGACGAACACUGUCCCUCACGAGCUCCAGAAACUGCAGUGUCCCAAGAUAAAGACUGUGGACAUCAGCCUGAUUCUUUCGGAGGCAAUUCGGAGAAUCCACAAUGGCGAGUCCAUGGCUUACCUCUUCCGGAACAUCACAGUGGAUGACUAACUUGGAGCUGCCUUGACCCUGGACCCUCCCCAUCAGUGUGUCAGCCUGGAAAUAGGCUGCAGUUAGGAAGUCUACAAGGCUGGUGAGGAGAAGGCACUAAGAUAGGCAAGAAGACAGCUAGUGGAUAAAUGACAUGACCUUCACUGUCUGCCAUCAUCAACCCUGUUCCUUAAUCCUGAGCAGAUACUGAAAAUCUUACUAAGGUGGAAGAGAAACCAAAGGCAGAGUCUCCAUGGCUUGUUUUGUUCAACAGUAUCUGCUCUGGGGAAGGCAAGUGGGGUGUUGAACUUGGUCAGGGAGUGUCCUCUCCCUGGACAGGGUUCUAGUAAGUCUUCUAGAGAAUCCCUUUCCUUUCAGAAACCCCUGUGCCUACUGCCAUUGAACAGUGAAGUGUCUGUCUGCUCUCACUGAGCUAGUCAGAGAAGCGUCCCUCAGCAACUAUGUUGCUCGGAAGUUGCAAAUAAAAGCUUCUUGUCUCUC